CCUCUCAAAGAAGAUUUUCCAUGGAACCAAACCACACCCCAACUCUCCCCUGACUCGGUCCCAACUCACCCGGGACGGCACCACCAUGCUCAAAGGAAAAAAGCUCAAGCUUCCCGAUCGACUCGGCAGUUUAGUCGCCGGUUUCGAGGACAAGGAUGGUGAUAGCGGAGGAUCUGGUUCGGCUUUGGAUUUGGGUGAAGAGCUUGAGAUUAUUCAGCCAAACGGAUUCGGGUCCGAUCGUGAAAGUGAAACUGAUGAUGAAGGUGGUGAAGUUCAAGAAGAGGCAUUGGUGAAGAGGAAUUUGGAAGUGGAUGAAGAAUUGGAACAUCACGGGCGUCAGCCGAGGCACCAAAAAGACCGGUCGGAUCAUAUUUCGGUCAUAAAAACAAUUGAAGAUGAUGAGAAAAGGUCUGAUGUUGACUACGAGAUUUCUCAAAAGGUGAUAAAUGUGGGAAAACUGCAAAGAAUUGUUAGCACUGGGCUUCCUGGUGGUGGGAAUUUGCGUCCAACGGUUAGGAAGCUGCUCCUAGGUUACUUGCCUCCAUCUCGGGACUUGUGGGAAAAGGAGCUCAUUGAGAAUCGACAAAAAUAUGCUAUGCUGAAAGAAGAGCUUCUUCUAACUCCUUCAGAACUUGCAAGGAUUAAAGAAGAAGCACUCCACUCUGAUGAGCAUAACAAUGCGUAUAGUGGUACCAAUGGACCACUUAUACGGCACAAGAUUUCCCACGAAGAUCACCCUUUGAGCCUUGGUAAGGCUAGUGUUUGGCAUCAAUACUUCGAGCAUAUAGAAAUUGCAGAACAGAUUGACCGUGAUCUGCAACGCACACAUCCUGCAAUGAAAUUCUUCUCAGGAGAGUCAUCAUUCAGCAGGAGACACAGGGAAUCAAUGAGGAAUAUUCUCCUCCUAUUUUCAAAACUCAAUCCAGCCAUUCGUUAUGUCCAAGGCAUGAAUGAGGUCUUGGCACCAAUAUACUAUGUAUUUAGCUCAGAUACAGAUGUGCAGAAUGCAUCUAAUGCAGAAGCAGACAGUUUUGCUUGUUUUGUCCGGCUCUUGAGUGACUCAGUGGAUCACUUCUGUGAACAAUUAGAUAAUAGUUCUGUGGGCAUCCUUUCUACACUUUCCCGCUUGGCGGAGUUACUGAAAGCCAAUGAUGAGGAACUGUGGCGUCAUCUUGAAUUUACAUCUAAGGUUAAGCCUCAGUACUAUGCAUUCCGGUGGAUAACAUUGCUACUAACUCAAGAAUUCAAUCUCCAAUCUAUUCUAAGAAUCUGGGAUUCCCUUCUGAGUAAUCCUUUUGGUGUCCAGGAAAUGCUUCUACGUGUAUGCUGUGCCAUGCUGCUGUGUGCGAAAAGCAGGCUUUUGAGUGGUGAUUUUGCAGCAAACUUAAGGCUAUUACAGCACUACCCCGAUAUUGAUAUAGAACACCUUCUAAAAGUAGCCCAGGAUCUUAGUCCAGACACCUCCUCGUAUAGUCUGACUUCGUAAAUUCAUACCUUAUCCACUCUUGCAUAUAGAGCUUAUCUCUUGACAUGCUUUGCAA